AGUCCAGAGCGUUUUGUUGAUGUCGCAGCGGCAUCGCGGGCAAAAGAGAUGGGAUUUUUUUCCCCGCGAGGAAAGGAAAGCGGCGUGGGCAUGCCUCCCUGCUCGUUGUGAUCUAUCGCGGGCUUCUCUGUUUGGAACUGACUGGAGAUUGCAGAGGAUCUGCUCUCCCCCCCACCCCGGGUCCGGAAACCUUGGCCAGUGGAAGCAGCGAGAAAAAAGGAAACUGCAACCAACCCCAGGAUCGAAGGAACAUGAAAUCUCCUGAUAAAGCAUUCAACAGAAAGAGCUAGUGGAUGAAGUGUAUCUGCAACAGAAAUCUCCUUUGUCCUUGGAUCUACUGUGCUGUCAUUCUAGUGCCUCUUCUUUUUACUGCCUGAAACCUGACAAUUGUGAGACAUGUCCAUUGCACUCAAGCAAGUUUUUAAUAAGGACAAGACUUUUCGCCCCAAGCGGAAAUUUGAACCCGGGACUCAGCGGUUUGAGCUCCACAAACGAGCACAAGCCUCACUGAACUCUGGGGUGGACCUGAAAGCAGCUGUGCAGCUGCCCAGUGGAGAAGAUCUAAAUGACUGGGUAGCUGUUCAUGUGGUUGACUUUUUCAACAGAAUCAACCUCAUCUAUGGAACUAUCUGUGAAUUCUGCACAGAGAGGACCUGCCCUGUGAUGUCGGGUGGCCCAAAAUAUGAAUACCGGUGGCAGGAUGACUUGAAGUAUAAGAAACCUACAGCGCUACCAGCACCCCAGUAUAUGAAUCUUUUGAUGGACUGGAUUGAGGUUCAAAUCAACAAUGAGGACAUAUUCCCUACUAGUGUAGGAGUACCUUUCCCAAAGAACUUCCUCCAAAUCUGCAAGAAAAUUCUGUGCAGGCUCUUCAGAGUGUUCGUUCACGUCUACAUUCAUCACUUUGACCGCAUCAUCAUUAUGGGGGCCGAGGCUCACGUCAACACCUGUUACAAGCACUUUUAUUAUUUUGUGACAGAGCUCAAUGUCAUAGAUCGCAAGGAACUAGAGCCUUUGAAAGAGAUGACGGCCAGGAUGUGUCACUGAACAGUCACGACAGAAU